AUGGAGGGACAGACCCCAGGAGACAGAGGCCUUUCGGAAAAGCCGGUCCCCACGGCCGCCCGCCCCAGUCUAUCCUCACUGGGUGCUAUCUUCAUUCUCCUGAAGUCCGCGCUGGGCGCCGGCCUGCUCAACUUCCCAUGGGCCUUCCACAAGGCGGGUGGGGUGGCCCCCGCUUUCCUAGUGGAGCUGGUCUCCCUGGUCUUCCUGAUCAGUGGGCUGGUCAUCCUGGGCUACGCCGCCUCCGUCAGCGGCCAGGCCACCUACCAGGGCGUGGUCGGAGGGCUGUGUGGCCCCGCCAUCCGGAAGCUGUGCGAGGCCUGCUUCAUCAUCAACCUGCUCAUGAUCUCCGUGGCCUUCCUCAGGGUGAUUGGGGACCAGCUGGAGAAGUUGUGUGACUUCCUCCUGCCCGGCGCCCCGCCAGCCCCGCAGCCCUGGUACGCCGACCAGCACUUCACCCUGACACUGCUCUCCGUGCUGGUCAUCCUGCCCCUGUCCGCCCCGCGUGAGAUCGGGUUCCAGAAGUACACAAGCGUCCUAGGCACCCUGGCCGCCUGCUACCUGGCCCUGGUCAUCGUGGCACAGUACUACCUCGGGCCCCAAGACCUCGCUCGUGAGCCCCGCCUGGCGUCGAGUCCUUCCUCCUGGACCUCCGUGUUCAGUGUCUUUCCCACCAUCUGCUUCGGAUUUCAGUGUCACGAAGCUGCCGUGUCCAUCUACUGCAGCAUGCGCCACCAGAGCCUCGGGCACUGGGCCCUGGUCUCCGUGCUGUCCUUGCUGGCCUGCUGCCUUGUCUACUCGCUGACAGGCGUGUACGGCUUCCUGACCUUCGGGACAGACGUUUCUGCUGACAUCCUGAUGUCCUACCCAGGCAACGAUGGGGUCAUCAUCGUUGCCCGGGUCCUCUUCGCUGUGUCCAUCGUGACUGUCUACCCCAUCGUGCUCUUCCUGGGGAGGUCGGUGAUGCAGGAUUUCUGGAGGAGGGGCUGCUGCUGGGCGUGUGGGCCCCGGGCCCUGGCCGAGCCCUCGGGGCCAUGGGUCCGGGUGUCGCUGACCGUCCUGUGGGUCACCGUGACGCUCGCCAUGGCCCUGUUCCUGCCCGACCUCAGCGAGAUCAUCGGCAUCAUCGGCGGCGUCAGCUCCUUCUUCAUCUUCAUCUUCCCAGGUCUGUGCCUCAUUUGUGCCGUCAGCGUGGAGCCCGUAGGACCCCGAGUUAAGUGCUUCCUGGAGGCCUGGGGGGUGGUCUCCGUGCUUGUCGGCACCUUCAUCUUCGGGCAGAGCACGGCGGCGGCUGUCAUGGAGCUGCUCUGAGCGGCGGCCCGCGCCUGAGCAGGACGGGGUCUCCACAGCUGUCCUGGUCCGGCUGCCUGCAUCCAGCCGUGAGACCGAUGUUAUUUCAUCAUAAAGAUGCUGGAGAAACUGAUACGUUCUGCCUUCCCAGGCUGCUCAUUUGGGCUUCUGCUGGUUCCCAGGGUUUCUGGUGCAGUGGUGAGGAGUUUCUUAGUGUCCUGGGGCUGCCCUGCAAAUGACCACAGACUGGGGACUUCUGGCGACAGCAGUGCAUUCUCUCAGUCUGGAGGCUAGAAGUCUGCGAUCAAGUGGGGGGGCGACCCGAGGAGAGCCCCCGCCCCUUCCACUGGCUGGACCUGAAGAGCCCGGAGGCCAAGUGCACUGUCUGCUCCACGGUUCCCUCCCCGAUCCCGGGGUGAGGAGCGACGCCUGCAGCUGCGGCUGAGGGGGCAGGGCUCUGCCCACGGCCGGGGAGGAGAGGAGGACGGGGCCAGGGGCUCCCGUGUCGCCGUGCUCCCCAGCACUGACCCUGCCCAGGGCCCGGCAACCCCUGGAUGGACGUUGCUGGAUUCAGGCCGCUCUUCCUCUGCCCUGGGACACCUGCCAGAAGCCAGCAGUGCCAGAGCCCGCAUGGGCUGACGUCCUUUAGACACCUCCCUCCAGGGAUUUGCCCAUUCUGGACAUUCCACAUGAAUGGACGCAUACAAUACAUGGCCUUUUGUGUCUGGUUCCUUUGACUUAGCGUAAUGUUUUCAAACUCGCCCAUUUUCCAGGUAGAGGGGCUUCUCAUAGGACAUGAUCACACAGGAUGUGAUGCAAAGAAAUGCAGGCUGGGAUGCCGCCCUCUGAUGUGUGAGCUCAUGAGGCAGGUGACGCACAGGGACAGCAGCCCAGCACCCUGAGGGGUUACCUGUGUCACACACAGGAUGGCGGCCACAUGCCUCCCGUGGAAGGCUUGCGUUUUGAACGGGACACGGCAAGGAACACAGAUGCUGAACAUGUUUGAGCAGGACCCCCUCUGCUGGAGCACUCGCUGGUGGACUGCAGUUCCUGGCAGCUAAGGGAACAGAAGAGAGUCUGUGAGGUUUGG